UCCUUCCCCUGGACACCCGUCCCUCAGCCCAACCUGGCUAUGGCCCUGUGCCUGAAGCAGGUGUUCGCCAAGGACAAGACGUUCCGGCCGCGAAAGCGCUUCGAGCCGGGCACGCAGCGCUUUGAGCUGUAUAAGAAGGCACAGGCGUCCCUGAAGUCUGGCCUGGACCUGCGCAGCGUGGUGAGGCUGCCGCCGGGCGAGAACAUUGACGACUGGAUCGCCGUGCACGUGGUGGACUUCUUCAACCGCAUCAACCUCAUCUACGGCACCAUGGCCGAGCGCUGCAGCGAGACCAGCUGCCCGGUGAUGGCCGGAGGGCCCCGCUACGAGUACCGCUGGCAGGACGAGCACCAGUACCGGCGGCCGGCCAAGCUCUCGGCGCCGCGCUACAUGGCCUUGCUCAUGGACUGGAUCGAGGGCCUCAUCAACGAUGAGGAUGUCUUUCCCACCCGCGUGGGAGUUCCCUUUCCCAAGAACUUCCAGCAGGUCUGCACCAAGAUUCUGACUCGCCUCUUUCGCGUCUUUGUCCACGUCUACAUCCACCACUUCGACAGCAUCCUCAGCAUGGGGGCCGAGGCACAUGUCAACACCUGCUACAAGCACUUCUACUACUUCAUCCGCGAGUUCAGCCUGGUGGACCAGCGGGAGCUGGAGCCACUGAGGGAGAUGACAGAGCGGAUCUGUCACUGAGCCCAGGCCUGGACAUUGUUGCUCGUCAGAUGAUCGUCUGAACAUAGAGUGGCUAGGGGAGGGGACCCUCAGGAGUCUGGUGGCAGAGGAACCUGAAGGCCCUGGGACCCCUCCACACUCCCAAAGCCCCUGGACUUCUGGUUCUCAGGAGUCUGCCCACAUGUCCCCCAACUGCUUGUGAGUGGAGAAGGGGAGAAUUUAAAUGUGGGCAAACAGAAGGAAAAGAGGAGCUAAACCUCCAACAUGAGGUCCAGGGGUGGGGUAGACUAGAUGGUUUUUGCUGUGAUACUUCACCCUUCUGUUGUGGUUCCCAAGCCUGUCUGAGCAAUGUGGAUGUGGCUGAGGUGCUGCCAAGCAAGGUACAAGAGAGAGAGCAGCCUGUGUGUAAGUGAGCACUCAGUGUGUGUGUGUGUGUGUGUGUGUGUGUGUGUGUGUGUGUGUGAUUUUGACUGUGGGGUGUGUCUGUGAGAGCUAGCCAUCUUACACCCUCCCUGACACAUAGUAGGACCUCAUAAAUGUUAGGCAAAUAAAUUGAUGAAAGAAACAAAGUAAUGAGAGAGGGUGGGGAGGAGGGAUUGGGACCAUCAGACCAUGACCACUGUAGGAGUGAUGACAGUUCACUGUCUCCACUUGAUGUGUCCGACGGUGUAUGUAAAUGUUCAAAAUGUGGUUAUAGAUGGAUGCAGCUCUAUGUUUGACCUUCUAGGUUAUGUUCUUCCAUCAGCAUGAAUUCUGGGGAGCUGUGGGGAGGCAGAAAGGGGAGUCUUUCCCUGGUUACCUAAAUCCCCGGUCCACCGCAGACACAGGUUCUGAUUGCUCAGCCAGAGAUGCCCAUCAGCUGUAUUUCACUCAGUCCUCUACCUCCAGAUAGGCUUGAUUAUAGACAGCCUCCUGGGGUUUGGGGGUGAUCCUUCAUGUCCACAAUUGUCCCCUGGUGCUUAAAUUGUCCCCUAGGAGCUCCGAUCUAGCUCCUAGAAUCUAUAGACUUGGCUCCCAGGAUCUGAAGCCCAGCAUAGGAUAAUCGUCCAACCCAAGGAUCUAGUGGAACUUGAAUUGGGAAACUCUGGAGUCUUGUGGUCCCAUUAAGGACCACAUAGCUAGUGAAUGGACUCUUCCGGGCUUGGAGAGCCCCCAUCCUACAAGUAUUUGCCUCCUUCCCAACCAUCCUGAGACAUUCCAGUUGGUUAGCUAUUCACAGAGAAACUGGGAUAUACUCAGUACUCCAUUACUCAGCACCCCCAUGCCCAGCCCUGCGCCCAGACCCACAGCUGGGGAAGUAGAGUCAGGGAACAGGGCCCUCCCUUCCCAGAGCCUCUGUGCUGGGAGGCUAGGAUGGAGAGCCAGAAAAGACCUGAGGAUCAUCUAGUCCCACUCACAGAAUCCUCCACGUACGUAAGAGGAAACUGAAGCCAGGAGGAGAGGAAGGAGAAACUCUCCUAGGCCUCACAACAAAGCUUUGUGGAACUGGAGUAGAAGCCAAGGUCCUGACUCUCACCCCAGGGCCUGGACAUGAGAAGCAUGUGGAAAGAGGGUUUGACAGCCCAUCUCCAGGACAACUGUUCUUGCUUUGAGCAAGGAUUUCUAGCCUAAUGCCAAAGUGACCCACUUUCCCUCAGGUCUGCUGGGGUUAUCUGCUGAGCCAAGCGUCCAAAAUCAUGGCCCUCUCCAUAGCCCAGCAGCUGCCUGAUUUCUGGGGAAGCAGAUGUGGCUUUGGAGCCAGCCAGCUAGACCUUGGACUGCUGCCUCCAGAGAAGUUCCUAAGGGAAACACACUGGGCCAGCAGCUUUGCCAAAGGUUCUGGAGUGAGGGAGCAGUGGUCAAAGAUUCCCCUAGAGAGGACUGUGGAUCGGAAGUUGGAUUCUAGGCUGUGGCUGGUGCUGAUUGCAGAAGGGGAUGAGG